AUGGUCCUUGUUGAGGAACUCUCUGAACAAAAUGAAGCUCAUUCCUAUGAUGAUGAUGAUGAUGAUGGGUCAUUAACCCCAUCCAUGGUGUUUAACCAGAUCAUGGGACAAACUCUGAUGCUUUCAUUUCACGAACAUCCUCUACACACCCACUAUAGCAGCACCGGUCAAUGCGAUGGAUGCCCUGAACUUCGAGAAAAGGGUCUUGACGGCUACAGAUGUGAUACUUGCGGCUUCACCGUUCACAAAGAAUGUUUAGAAUCAUCACCAGAGAUCAACCAUCCAUCUCACAAGAGACAUCCUCUCACGCUCCUAAUACAUGGCUUACCAUUGGUAGCUCAAGAUCACAAUUGUCGUCUAUGUGGAGAAAAGGUUGGCAAAUUAGUAUAUCAUUGCUCCAUAUGUGACUUUAGUUUAGAUCUUUAUUGUGCACGUAACCCGCUUCAGCUUAUAGUUUACUUCAAGAAAUGUCAUGAGCAUACACUCACUCUCAUGCCAAGGCUCAUAUGCUUUACUUGUAAUGCAUGUGGUCUUGAAUCGGAUCGAUCUCCUUACAUUUGUCCUCAGUGUGAUUUUAUGAUUCAUGAAGGUUGUAUUAACUUACCACGCGUCAUUAGCAUGAUACGUCAUGUACAUCGUAUCUCUCGUACUUAUUUUCUUGGUUUUGGAGAUUGGAAAUGCGGAGUUUGUCGAAGAAGAAUAGAUGGGAGAUAUGGGGCGUAUUCUUGCUCGGUUUGUCCGGAUUACGCAGUUCAUUCUAGAUGUGCGACGAGGAGGGACGUGUGGGAUGGGAGAGAACUUGAGGACGAGCCAGAAGAAAGUGAUGAAUGUGAAGAACCUUUUGAAGUUGUGAGUGAUGGAGUGAUAAAUCAUUUUAGUCAUCGAGAGCACAAUCUAAGACUCGAGGAUGGUCUUAGUCUUACUAAUAUCAAUGAUAUAUGUUUGCGUUGUAGAGCAUGCGCCCGUCCUGUUUACUCUAACAUGUUCUAUAGUUGUAUGCAAUGUGAUGAUUUUAUCCUCCACGAAACAUGUGCUAACCUUCCUCGUAAGAAGCGACAUGUACUUCACAACCAUCAACUUACUCUAUACUAUGAUGAGAACAUAGUCAAGGAUUGUCCAAUGCUUCAUGGAGUAUUCUUAUGCUCUGCUUGUCGUCGACUCUGCAGUGGUUUUAGGUACGAAUGUUGCAAUAUCACAUUAGAUGUACGAUGUGGUUCAAUAUCCGAACCAUUUUCCUACGAGUGUCAUCCGCAUCCUUUGUUCCAGACUUCACUAGAUAGCAAGGUAUGUGUGACUUGUAAGCAAGAGUCGGAUUAUGUUUUGACUUGUAUGGAUUGCGAUUUUGUUUUGGAUUUCAAGUGUGCUACUUUACCACCUAAUGUAAGGUACAAGUACGAUAGAGAUCCUCUCAGAUUAUGCUACGAUGGGGACAAGGACUUGACCAGUAGUUACUGGUGCGAGAUAUGUGAGAGAGAAAUGGAUAAAGAGAAUAUACUCUACACUUGCGAGAGUUCUGGCUCAACUAUUCAUAUUGAGUGUAUACUUGGAGAUUUUAGGUAUGUGAAGCCUCGACUACAUUUUGAGUUCAAUAAAAGGAAAUGGGAAGUGGCUUUGAAUGGUAUAAAUCGACCAGGAUGCUAUAAGUGUGGCUUUCGUUGCAAGGGACCUUUUGUUGCAGUGAGCUUAGACUAUACGAAUAGUUAUGUUUGUCCUCUUUUAUGUUUAUGGAGAGGAGAAACUCUCAUAUUUAAUAGUAUAAGAGAUUGA